AUGAAGCGGAAUUGUUUCCACCAAUCAGAGCAGAGGUGGGCGGGGCCAGACGCCGGUAUUUAUUUAGAGCGGGUGACUCAUCGCCGCUCAGACUCUAUUCAUUCCGAGAAGCAGCUCCUCCAGACCGACUCGUUAGGACCCACGUUUCUCCCCCACAGCCGGACAGGAUUGAGAUGUUACAUUUCAGGUUCUCCACAGUCCUGAAGGAGUGUUUUCAAGCCACCGUGAAGCGUCCCUUCCCCUGCCGCACCCAGGAGAGCUGGUACCCGGCGCCUCGGCACCACCGCUGCCUCGGUUCUGUCCCCAGUGAUGUUUCUGCCGCCGCCGCCGCCGCCGCGCCGCGCCGCACCGCGCCCUGCUCCGCGCCGCGCCGCUCCUACUGCGUAAAAACAGAAGGCGCAGCCACCGUGGAGCUGGACGAACACCUGAAGAAGGAUGGGGCCGAAGGAGACAAGAGGAGGAAUCCAGGAAUCCUGCCCAGUUUGGAGGAUCUGCUCUUCUACACGGUCGCUGAAGGUCAAGAGAAGAUUCCAGCUCACAAGUUCCUCACAGCGCUGAAGGCCACCGGGCUUCGSACCGGAGACCCCCGCCUGAAGGAGUGCAUGGAGAUGCUGAAGGAGACKCUGAAGAAGACUCCGGACGGCGUGACGCUGGACCGCCACCUGUUCAAGAAGUGUGUCCAGAGCAACAUUGUCCUGCUCACUCAGGCCUUCCGCAAGAAGUUCGUCAUCCCCGACUUCCAGUCCUUCACCUCCCAUAUUGACCAGCUUUAUGAGAAAGCCAAAAACCUCACUGGAGGGCAGGUAGCAGAUUACAUUCCUCAGCUCGCCAAGUUCAGCUCGGACCUGUGGGCCGUCUCGCUCUGCACCGUCGAUGGACAGAGGCACACGGUGGGCGACACUAAGGUCCCUUUCUGCCUGCAGUCCUGUGUGAAGCCUCUGAAGUACGCCGUGGCGGUCCAUGACCACGGCACCGAGUACGUUCACAGCUUCAUCGGGAAGGAGCCCAGCGGCCUGCGCUUCAACAAACUCUUCCUGAGCGACGACGAUAAGCCCCACAACCCCAUGGUGAACGCCGGAGCCAUCGUUUGCACGUCGCUCAUUCAGCAAACUGCCAGCAACGCAGAGAAAUUUGACUAUGUCAUGACCUUUCUGAAGAAGAUGGCAGGAAACGAGUAUGUCGGGUUCAGCAACGCCACAUUCCAGUCGGAGCGCGAGUCUGGAGACAGGAACUUCGCCAUCGGAUAUUACCUGAAGGAGAAGAAGUGUUUCCCUGAAGGAACCGACAUGACGUCUGUGCUGGACCUUUACUUCCAGCUGUGCGCCAUCGAGGUGACCUGUGAGAGCGCCAGCGUCAUGGCCGCCACGCUGGCCAACGGCGGCAUCUGUCCCAUCUCGGGCGAGCGCGUGCUGAGCCCGGAGGCGGUGAGGAACACGUUGAGCCUGAUGCACUCCUGCGGGAUGUACGACUUCUCGGGACAGUUCGCCUUCCAUGUCGGACUGCCGUCCAAGUCCGGGGUGGCCGGAGGAAUCCUGCUGGUCGUUCCCAACGUGAUGGGAAUCAUGUGCUGGUCGCCUCCACUGGACAAACUGGGAAACUCGGUCCGAGGAAUUCAGUUCUGCACGGAUCUGGUUGAACUUUUCAACUUCCACAACUACGACAACCUGAGGCACUUCGCCAAGAAGCACGACCCGCGCAGAGAGGGAGGCGACCAGAGGCAGCACAACUUCGGACCGAUGGAUUACGAGAGCCUGCAGCAGGAGCUGGCUCUGAAAGCGCCGCUCUGGAAAAAAGUGUCUCCCACGGAGACGGACCAGGACAGCUCCACCACUGUAGUCUAUAGGAUGGACAAAGUCGCCGAGUGACCCCUGACCUCCACCGCCCGCUGCUCCCCAUAUUUAUAUUUUAAACCAUGUAGACCAUUAUUUAUUGUUUGUGAAGCGGUUGCUAUGGGGAYGAGCCGGGAAGCUCUUUUCACCGUGUCAUUUGGUYCAUAUUUGCUCUGACCAUCAGCUUCRUCUCACUCCAGACUCUGCAGAACCGGCUGGGUUUUCUGGGUUCCUCUGUCAACAGGAGGCUCCGCCUCCAAGGGGCGGGGCAAAUAAGCAAGCAGCCAAUGAGGGUGGAGAACUGGUUUGUGUUCAGAUAUGCAGAAAUAUUUUAGAUUUAGAUGRKAUUUGUACAACAAUGCAAGUGUUACAUGGUGAUGCGGUCUGCAUGGAGGCUCAGUUAUUGCUGGAAAGAGUUUUARUUUCUGGAAACUGACAGUUUGGAUGAAGAUUUAGGAAAAUAAGGCACUUAUCUUGUUYAGAAAAGUUGGAAAAUUGCUGGAUUUUACAGAAAAGUSACAUUUUAAAGCUAUGAAAUGUAUUUAGUUACCAUAUUUAAGUAAAUUAUCCAUAACMCUUUGAAGUAUUAAUGGUCAGCUGCUGUUAAUUCUUUCCUCCUGCAGUAGAUUCUGAACCUCCAGUCGAUUUCUCUGCUUUUAUUUUAAUCAGUGUAAAGUAAAAUGUAAAUUUUCUCAGUUUUAAUCAUGAACAUUUUAUCGUGUGUAAUUUCGAUGCGUUGGACCCACAACCAUGACUGCCCACGAUUGUAGUGAGCAGAAAUAUUUUCAAAGAGCCUCCUGUUGUCUCUUUAAGCCAGCUGAGCAGCAGUGCRCAGCYUCUUUUAACUGCUGGAAGAGUUUAGUUUUAUUUGGAGUYGUUACUUUUACAAACUAACUCUGUAGAGGAACGAAAACAUUUUUGCUGCUUGCACUGGAUUUUAUUUAGUGACAUCAGAGUAAAUUGGGCCRAAUGCWGAUAGAUGCCCGCCACACUUUCCAGAAARWAAACAAUAAUAAUCUUGCAGUGUACGUUUCUAAGGUGCAGUUUAUCAAAAAUGUUCCGUUGUCAUCAACCCUCAGUCAGUCGGUGCUGAGACUCUGGUGGCUCCGGGUUUUCCUUCCCGCUCCGGGUUUUCCUUCCCGCUCCAGGUUUUCCUUACCACUCCAGGUUUUCCUUCCCACUCCAGGUUUUCCUUCCCACUCCGGGUUUUCCUUCCCACUCCGGGUUUUCCUUCCCACUCCGGGUUUUCCUUCCCGCUCCAGGUUAACUCUACGUUUUUCUCGGCUGCUUUCCGAAUCCGGCAGGUUUACAGAAAAUCUGCAUAAGUUUUGCUGCUUUAGAAAUAAUAACUGACAGAAACGAGGCUGUAAAGUUUCACAGGAAACUCUACGAUAAAGUUCCGGUCCGGUCUGAUCCGGUUUCUUUGAUUUCCCUCCAGUCUUCCAGAGUUUCUCCAGGCCAUGGUCUUCUUCAUGCGGCCGCUUUGGGGUCGUAAACCGUUCACACAAAAGUCGCAUUUAAACAGCAGCAUGAACGACAACGCAGAAAAAAAUCWGAUUUUAUUAAAAAAUCGGAAUUGAGAAUCAAAACCUGUUUGAACGUAAAGAUCCUCAGRAAGCUUGAAGGAAAGUCUGACUAAACCCGGUCUGGAUGAAGAGUUUUGCACAAUGCUGUACUCYUCUUCAUUUCCCAUGAUCCUCCACGAGGGUCAGAGGUCAACUAAAUGAUCAGGAAGGAAAACGAGCUGAAAUCUGUUCAGUGAAUCACUAMAUUAUCAGUGGAUCCGUUUCUUCUUCAUGGCUGUUGGUGAGACGAAUGCAGCAGCGUUUUAUUCCAGGUUCUGGUUUCUGUCUCGGUUCUGGUUCUGGUUUCUGUCUCGGUUCUGGUUCUGGUCUCAGGCCUGCAGUGUGUUGUCAGUAUUCCUGAUCCGUUCAGAUGCUCAGAGCAGCAGCUGUAUUUUGCUUUCUGGCUUCUUUWGUUUGUGUUGGAUGGAGACUUUGGCCGGUUGCUGUCGCCCCCUGCAGGAACCUGAAGGUGUUGCAGGUGAAAGGGCUUAAUGGCGGCUGCAGCAGUUGGUGCUGGAGCCGUUCAACUGGUUUUAGGAUGGAGUUGAGCUCAGACAGAGAGACGCUGCUGGAGCAAAAACUCUGAUAUGUGAAAAUGUUUUUUACUUUGUUACGUUUCUACUGUUUUAUUUCUGCUUUUAUUUCUCUGUACAUAAAGAUUCAAAAGCCUCAGCGGCUUUAAGGCCCCUUGGAGACGAUUUGAAGCUACAUCAGGCUACAGCAUGAUUUCACUGUAAAUAGACAAAACUUUAACCAAAAUGAAGCACAAAGUUAAAUUGCAGAGUUGUAACUCGGUGUCAUCGGCGUAGAAGAGAAUUUUAAUUCUCUUUAGGAAAGAAGAAACUGGUCUGAGGAUGGAUCCCUGAGGAACUCAGGGAAUCAUUGUUGACUCAGUUUUUUAUUUAUUUUAGAGGAAUGAAUUAAAACGCCGCUGACUUUCUGCUUUUCCACUCUGCAUGACGCGCUCCAUUAAAUCCUUGGGGGUCAUAAAGUUAAAUUUGUAAGACUUUAAAUCAGUUUGUUGUUCUGAAAUCGACGUUUCCCUCCGACCUGCCGUGAUCCAUGAACCGUCUCGGUGUGUGAGCUUAACGCCGGCGGAGCUUUUGAAUCUUUUGCUGAUUGUUCUCAUGACAAUCAUCCGUUUCUGUUUUCUGCUCAUGUCAUUCCGUUUCUGUGAAUUCUCAUCUUGCAUGCUGAGUUUUGUACAGACUGUUAAAUGUUUUUAUUUUCUCCAUUCUUAUGUUGAUUCUCGUGCUGAAYCUUUUGUUUCUUUAUUAAAUGUUCGCUACAGAUGCAACUUGGUUGAAUAGAGAUCAUUUCUGCUACUGUCUGACUUGGAACUGUGAGGUUUCUGGACUCAAACCAAAGAUUUUAUGUUUAAUUAUGAAAAUAAACUCCUUUCRGGUUUUAAAUGUAGAAAURAAAUCUUACAUUUCCAAGUGUUUAUGUUUGUGAUKGUGUAUAAAGUCUCCAUGAAUCCAUGAUCUGUCCUGUCAGCUGAUUGGAGCAGACAUGACGGUCUGUUGKUCAUUUGAUUUUUCUUGUUUUGCCAUUUUUGUCUCAUGUAUGAAAUAAAAUAAAGCUCUUAUCCAUCA